AUGUCCCCAGUUCUAAACGUUGCCGUUGUAGGUACAGGUAUCUUCGCCAAGGAUGGUCAUUUACCCGUGUAUUCUGCUCAUCCAGAUAAAUUUAACGUCGUUGCUGCUUUUAACAGAACUAAGAGUAAGGCUUUAGACUUUGCUAAGGCUGCUGGUGUACCUGAGGAGAAAGUGUACGAUACAAUUGAGGAAGUUAUGAAUGAUAAGAAUGUCACUUACAUUGAUGGUUUACUACCUGUUCAAUUGAAUCCAACCCUUGUUAAAAAGGCAAUUGAAGCUGGAAAGCCAAUACUUUUAGAAAAACCAAUUGCCGCUAACAUGGCUCAAGCUAGAGAAGUUGUUGAAUUAGCCGAAAAGACAGAUUUGCCUAUUGCUAUCGCUGAAAACUGGUCCUAUUUAGAAUGUAUCGAUGUUGCUAAAAAGCAUAUACAAAGAAUAGGCCCUGUUGUUGCUUUUACACACAAUUCAACUGGUCCUUUUGUGAAAAAUAACAAGUACUUGGCGACAACCUGGAGACAAAAUCCUGAACAUAUUGGUGGAUUUUUAUCCGAUGGUGGUGUUCAUCAAUUAGCCCUUGUGACCGCCUUAGUCGGUGACAUAGACACUGUUUCUGCUCACACUGCACAAGUUCGUAAGGAAUCCGGAGAUUGUGAUAUCGUCUUUUCUACUGUCACUGUUAAAGACAGUGGUAUCAUCGGUACUUUCACUUAUGGUUCAGCUUUCGGUGCCACCGAAAAAUCUGUCUAUUUGAAAAUCUAUGGUAAAAACGGUAAUGUAACUGUGGAUUUAUCUGAUAAGACUGCCCCUGUAGUUAAAGUGAGAGUAGGAGACUGUGCUGAAAACGCACAAGAUGAAGAGAUUUACCCAAUCGACCAAGAUUCUUCAUUUGGUGUUCAAGCUGAAUUCUUGAACUUCCAUGAAGCUGUCGCUAAGAACGAUAAAUCUUUGUUAGUUAGCACUCCAAGGGUGGCAUUCCAUCACUUAGCGUGUGUCGCAGCCUUUUUAGAAUCUUCUGAUAAGAAGGGUGAUAACGUUAAAGUGGAAAGACUUUAA